AUGGCCGAACCAACAACCCAACGCCACCAAAUCCACACCCAACACUGCCGCUUCUGCAACCACCUCCUGCUAGCAACAACACGCGACAUACCAACCCUCCCACGACGCAGCGGCGAAGGCAAAGACAACGCCCUAAUCCUCCCACUAGAGCGCACCAACGAAAGCGAACUAGAAGCCGAGCUGGAAGCCGAAGCGCAAUCCACUUCCAAUUCCAAUUCCAAUUCGACUCAAGGUCAAGCUCAAACGGGCAAAACUAGACAAUCCUCCAACCAUACGACCCUCCUUCUCGCAACUACGAUUCCAGAUCGGCGUGCGACACUUAUUAGGCGUGAAGAUGGGAUUGAGAAGAGGGUUUUGUUGAGGUGA